AUGGUGAAUCGAUUGCUUGUUUUGUCAAGAGCAAUGGCAAUAGUCAAUCAAAUGCAUGCCUAUGGUGAGCAAAUUUCAAAUGAGACAAUUGUUGCAAAGAUGUUGAGAAGUUUAACUCUGAAGUUUGACCUUGUGGUGGCCGCUAUAGAAGAAGCUAAAGAUCUAUCAGUACUCUCUGUUGAUGAACUAAUGGGCUCCCUUCAAGCUCACGAGUCAAGAAUCAAUAGAUCAUCAGAAAAGAACGAAGAAAAGGCACUUCAAGUGAAGGAGACAGCCACCAACCAAGGGGAAAAUGUUCGUGCAAGUAGAGGUCGGGGAAGAGGAGGAUUUCGCGGUAGUCGUGGUCAUGGUAACAGUAGAGUAAAAAAUGAAGAAGAAGAAGAAGAAAGGCUUUUUAUGGCUUGUAUUGAUAGUAACCCGAAACCAAGUGAUUUGUGGUUCGUUGAUAGUGGCUACUUGAACCAUAUGACAGGCACCAAAUCUUUAUCCCAGGAGCUUGAUGAGACGCAAAUAAUAAAGGUGCAACUUGGCAAUAUAAAAGAGAUGCAAGUUGAAGGAAAAUGCAUGGUGAAAGUUGAAACUGAAAGAUACAAUUUAUUGAGUGUUGGACAAUUGAUGGCUGGAGGGCAUUCCAUUCUAUUUGAUGACAACACAUGUGUCAUUACAAAUAAGAAAUUGAGCCGGAGAGUUCAGAUUCCCAUGACUUUAAAUAAGAUGUUUCCAUUGGAUGUUUCUAACAUGGAGAACUUUGCUCUUGCUGCUAAUGCAAAAGAUGACUCGAUGCUAUGGCAUUUGAGAUAUGGGCAUCUUCAUAUGAAGGGCCUGAAGUUACUCAGUGAUAAAGAAAAUGUCAUCCAAAGGGAGUUAACAGCUCCUUACACUCCAGAACAAAAUGGCAUUGCUGAACGAAAAAAUCAAACUGUUGUGGAGAUGGCUAGAAGCAUGUUACAAGCAAGGAGACUUGCAAACCAAUUUUGGGCAGAAGCUGUAGCAACAUUUGUCUAUUUAUUAAAUCUCUCAUCAAGAAAGGUUGUCAUGAAUCGAACUCCUUAUAAAGCAUGGCAUGGAAGGAAACCAUCUGUAAGUCAUUUACGAGUCUUUAGGUGUGUUGCUUAUGCUUUGAUAAAUUCUUAA